AGGAAGGAGGGGGGGAGAGACUCUGGGCUGCCGCCGCGGCUGUGUGGGUUUCUUUACACUCCCUGGCAGGCUGGGUGCCGGCUCCCUCGCCCGCCCGCCUGGAAAAGUGGGUUACAGAAGGAAGGAGCUCAGCUCAGACACUGGCAAAGGAGCAUCCAGCUACAGAGAGACCAGAGAACACCUUCCUUUUGCAGCCUUCUGCUCCUCUUUUCUAGAGGGUUUUAUAUUUGUACUCUCUUUGUAAAUUGUGUUCCUUUGACUUUUCUCCCCUCUGCUUGGGUUUUAUGAAGGCUUUGUUAAGUCUUAGAGGGGAGAGAGACUGAGCAAGGGAAAGAGAGAGGCAAAGUAGAAAGGACCACAAACUGGCAAAGCCCGCUCUGCCUUUGCCGUGGAUGAAAGCCCUCUGUUUGUAAGAGCCUCGCAGCGUGAGCAGCACGCACACACCCUCCAGAGUACCCCGCGGACCCGCACCUCGGCGUGGCCACCAUGGUCGGCAGAGUUCAACCCGAUAGGAAACAGUUGCCGCUGGUCCUACUGAGAUUGCUCUGCCUUCUUCCCACAGGACUGCCCGUUCGCAGCGUGGAUUUUAACCGAGGCACGGACAACAUCACCGUGAGGCAGGGGGACACGGCCAUCCUCAGAUGUGUAGUAGAAGACAAGAACUCGAAGGUGGCCUGGUUGAACCGUUCUGGCAUCAUUUUUGCGGGGCAUGACAAGUGGUCUCUGGACCCCCGGGUUGAGCUGGAGAAACGCCAUUCUCUGGAAUACAGCCUCCGAAUCCAGAAGGUGGAUGUCUAUGAUGAGGGUUCUUACACUUGUUCGGUGCAGACCCAGCAUGAGCCCAAGACCUCCCAAGUUUACUUGAUCGUGCAAGUUCCACCAAAGAUCUCCAACAUCUCCUCGGAUGUCACUGUGAAUGAAGGCAGCAAUGUGACCCUGGUCUGCAUGGCCAAUGGUCGUCCCGAACCUGUUAUCACCUGGAGACACCUUACACCGACUGGAAGAGAAUUUGAAGGAGAAGAAGAAUAUCUGGAGAUCCUGGGCAUCACCAGGGAGCAGUCAGGCAAAUAUGAGUGCAAAGCUGCCAAUGAAGUCUCCUCGGCGGAUGUCAAACAAGUCAAGGUCACUGUGAACUAUCCUCCCACUAUCACCGAAUCCAAGAGCAACGAAGCCACCACAGGGCGACAAGCUUCACUCAAAUGUGAGGCCUCAGCAGUGCCUGCCCCCGACUUUGAGUGGUACCGGGAUGACACCAGAAUAAACAGUGCCAAUGGCCUUGAGAUUAAGAGCACGGAGGGCCAGUCCUCCCUGACGGUGACCAACGUCACUGAGGAACAUUACGGCAACUACACCUGCGUGGCCGCCAACAAGCUGGGGGUCACCAAUGCCAGCCUAGUCCUUUUCAAACGUGUCUUACCCACAAUCCCCCAUCCCAUUCAAGAAAUUGGCACCACCGUGCACUUCAAGCAAAAAGGACCCGGGUCGGUGAGAGGAAUAAACGGAUCCAUCAGUCUGGCCGUACCACUGUGGCUGCUGGCAGCAUCUCUGCUCUGCCUUCUCAGCAAAUGUUAAUAGAAUAAAAAUUUAAAAAUAAUUUUAAAAAAACACACAAAAUGCGUCACACAGGAUACAGAAAGAAAGAGAAUGAGAUGGGGGAGACCGUUUAUUUCACAACUUUGUGUGUUUAUAAAUGAAGGGGAAAUAAGAAAACAAAGAAGAAAAUACAACAUUUAAAACAAUUAAAAUCCAUCAAUAAAAAAUCUAGUAUCAUUCAGGGUGAAAAAUUCUACCAGGAAAUGUGUAUAUCUAAGCUAAUGUAUGCUGUGUAAUUCUACAUCACAGAUGUAGCUAAGAAUUCCAGAUGUUGUAAAAAUAAGAAAAGUGAAGAAGUACCAGUUGGAUAUUAUUCCCCACAUGCGCACACACACACAUACACACACACACACACACACACUUUAUCCUUCCUUCAUCCUUUUACAUCUGUGGGGAAAGAAAAAAAAAAGGUCUUGCCUUUGAUGUUUCUAUUUCCAUCCUCUUUUUAUUUGUUUUUCAUUUGAGCUGACUCGUAGCCACUUCAGACUAUGGAUGGGCUUCAUGCAGGAGUCCUGUGUUGAGCCUUUAUCUGGUUUGCCACCACAAUCUUUCCAAUGUUUAAGACCACCCCCUUCCUUCCGAGUGUUCUAUCUCCCCACCUGUAUCCCAGAUAUCCCCUUUUUAUCUCCACCCCCAGCUUCUCUUCACCCCACCAACCCCUGAGCUCUAGUCAGGCCGCAAAUGCUAGGAAGUGCCAUUUUAAUUUUCUCCACUGUGCGUGCGUGCUCAGCUCUCUCGCUCUCACGUGGGUGUACAUGUGUGUGAGUGUGUGUCUCUCUCUAAAGCAUGCCAAGGUAAUGGUCCAUGUGUACAUAGAUUCAUUGUGCUGUAGAUACCGUCCCGCAUUGUAAUUGUGAGAUGCGGCUGUGACAAGUUUGCUGGGGGAGAUGGUGGGAAGGAGCAGGAAGCCAAGUUUCUCCCCCAUCCUUGGUUGUCACAUGACAUCAAUGUGUAUUCAAACCAAGCAAGUGCCCCUUCCAAGGGCAGAACCUCAUAUUCCUCCUAAUCUAAUCAUCAGAACCCAGUCGAGAGUCACUCAGAAUCUCACUAUAAAUGAAAGUGCCUACUAUUGAUGGGGUGAGCAAACAGUAGAAGGAACCAGUGACGUGCAUGAGGUAACCUAGGAGAGAAGGCUCCAGAUUUCACUCUUGUUUCAUGAGUCUGAAGGAUUCACAUAGCUCCUGUUUUUUGGCAGUCUUGGUUCUGCACCACUGCAGGAAUGACUCGCAUAUAUUGAGUAUAUCCCCAGAAGCAGGAAGGUCUCCAAGUGUGAUCUACCAAUGAUGAGAACAUGAGCCAUGUGGAGACCCAAAGCAGCCCCAUUUUGCCCCUCCCUAAACUUCAAAUAACACUGCAUUUGCCCUUUGGCUAGCCUUGAGCAGAGAUUGUUUUCUAUUUCAGAUGAAAUACAGUGAGAGCAAGCAAGGGCAGAAAAGUUAACAGCUGCUCGGGUCCAUACUCAUGGAGAUACAGUCAGAGUUCUAAUAUAAGGCGUUGACCACAACAAAAAGGAAUCCACUCCUCGUGUUCCUUUGCAGAUUUCCUGUUGUUCUAGGCUAACAAUUGAUUUGGUUACCCACAUCAUCUCCUUUCAGCUCCACUGACAGUGUUUAUAACACCAUCGUUCCUAGCCGUUCAUUGUCCUAGACCAAGCUACUAGAAAUGGCGUGUUUUCACCGUCCCUGAUUACUUUGGACUUCUGUUCUUCUGGAAAAGAUACAGUGGGGGAUAUGGUGUUGAAGUUUACAUCUAAAAGAGUCAUCACAUUAACUCUGAAAUAUGAGCUGGUUCCUUCACCAAAAGAGCCGGGAAGCUCCUAACAAUUUAGGCAGGAAUUACAUGCACAUCACAAGCUUGGCUUCAUCACAAUGUCAGAGGAUUUUCUUAGCAAAGACCUUUCAGAUAGAGUUGGAUUUCUGUAUGUAGAUAUCUUUGUCAGGAAACCAACCGUUAUUUUCAGUAACACUAAGGAGGCAUUGGAAGUGGCUCAGUUUACGAAAGAAGAAAAAAUUAUUAUUGAGAUCAUGAUUGAAUGUAUUUCAGCAGAGUCAAAUAUUUCAUCAAAGGUUGAGCCUGGAAAAUAGUUGUCAUAUGAUAAAUCACAAGAAACUUCAUAACAGCAAGUCCAAAAGGGAGAAAGAAAAAGGUGGGAGAGAAAGACAGACAGAAGGGAGGUAACAAGAAAUAAUCUACAGUUUUUAUUGAUAGAUUUGGUUACUUGAAGGCACUUUGCAGUGAGUCGCAUCUUUGAGGGUAAUGAUGUUCUCAAUGAGCAGCAUUUGCAUUCUCUUGUAGGGGAUUCUAUUUGUCCUAAUUAAUCUCUUAAGAUUUGGCAAUGUAAACAUGAAACAAAGACACGCUGGGCUUGGGAUGGGUAAGUGUAGUUGGGGCAGAUUCUGGCAUAGGACAGAAAUUCUUAUUUCUGAAUGUGGCUACUAAAAGACUGGGAAGGUGAACCAUAUUCCUAUGCUGCAUCAAUUUAUUGACAAUCAGGUAUUUCUCUAUACUUAGUCUUCCCAUUUAAAAUGGGAAUAAGAGCUUCUCAUCCUUGAUGAUAAAAACUCCCCUUAUACUGGAGAGCUAGCCUCAUCCUUAAGUGCAAGCUGUGGAGGAGUGCAUGCUAACUUAAAGAUGUAUAUGAAAAGAAAGUUACAGUUGUUAAUUCACUUUAGUGCCAGUUUCAGAAAUGAGUUCUUCUUGCAUGUCAUCAAUUUUAAUAAGACAUCUCACUUUUUUAAUUAUCUCCAUCUUCUAAGGCCUAGAUCUUUGUUUUACAGAGGGAGAGUCUCCAUUGAAAGAAAUGUCUUUGUCAUGUCAGCACCAUUUAUUCCUGAUUUUUAAUAUAACGGACCACAUACUAAACAUAAUUAAACAUAUAUUGAAUAUUGUGAUGUUUGCCUAUAACUCUGCAGGAUCUGGGCAUUUUAAAACUUUGUCCUGGCUCCUGGUUCAGAGCAAACAUUGAACCCAAAAGUAUCAUAGAUUUGAAAAUGUCUCUAAGCAAUGUGGAGAAUACAGAGCCUAGAGACUGAAAAAAGGCUAGUUAAAAAAUAGAAGCCACCUAGAUUGUCGCAACAUGGCACUUCUUGGAAUUUAGUUCUUUUUAUUGUUAUGGAAGCUUCAAGAAUUUUGUCCAUUGGAAAUCAAAGCCUGAAUCCCUGCACCGAAUAAAAGUCAACUGGUUGGAAACAAUUUACUGAGAGGAAUGCAACGCAUUGAUAAAUCUGAAUGGUUAAUAUAUUUAAUGGCCUUUUUUUGUAAAAUGAAAUGCCACCAUUCAUUAUACAAAAUCCUUAGACACGACUUUUAGUUAACAAAAGCAGAAAUGACCUUGACUGGGGAUACUUACUGAAGAAUGAGAACUAUCCUAGAUUAUACAACUAUAGAACUAUAUCCUCUGUGCAAUCAUUCAUUAGAAUUUUUUUGUUUCUUAUUGGAGGAACAUCUUACUUGUUUUGAGACAUAAAAUCCCUUUGCCCUAAAAAAAACAAAGACUUAAGGAAAAUUCAAUGUGUUUUCUGUGAGGAAGAAUUAUUCCAUUGUCCUUUGCCUUCUCUUCCAAGUCAGGCACACUUCUUCCUUGCUGUGGGCAAUUUUCUUUUUUUUUAAUUACAUAAUCAGACAACUGGGGCUAUUCAUAGAGACCUUGUAAAAGUACUCGUGAUUUUCAUGUUCUUGGAGGACAGAAGCAAAAUCUGUUUCUCCUCCAAAAGUGGACUUACCUCCUUUGCAUACAAAAACUAAACUCCUCAGCAUGAAAUUAUUUCUGAGUUAUUACCUACCGAGUUGUUAGCUUCUUACCUUUUCCAGUCAUAGGUUAUUUCCCCAGGUUGGUUGUGGUUUCUCUGUUUCUAUUGAUCUGUCGCCCAAAAUCUGUCAUUUUGUUCUUUGUGGGCCUUGAAUUAUUUGGGGAUAAAUAAUAUAUACGUGUAUGUAAUUUUUUUAAUCUUAUCUUUACAGAUGCUAUAUUUACAAUAUUGUAUGUGUUAUAAGACAAAUCUAGAAUAAUUGUUUAAACUUAAAAUGAAGAGUACUGAAUUUGGUUUAAAAAAAGAGCUUUGCUUCAUUUAGAGAGAUGUGGAGCCCCAUUUUUUCCACUGUGACUAAUUUUUGAAAGGAAUUUGCUUAUGAACUAUUGCUUCAUGGGAUUAACCAUGGCCUUAUUUUUAUCAUAAGCUUUUUAUCUUGGAUGUAGUUUUAGUUCCCAAUAACUAUCAUUUUUUUGUAGAAAUACUAGUGUAAAGCUAUACCUGACCUAUUCUGAAGAUAAAUAUUGAAAAGACCACAAAAAUAGUGAGCUGAGACCUUGAGUUAAGAAAUGCAAAUCCAGUUUAGAAAGCCUCCUUCUUUCCUAACUAUUUAAAAUAUUUCUCCCCCAAAGAUUGCAUUUGCCCCAGUGAUGUAAAUUUUCCAUCAUGGUUGGCAUAAUGUCUAUAAACAUCUCACUAAGUGCAAAAUGGAGUUUACAUUUAUGUGCAUGCUAGCAGAAGAGAAGUCAACUCUUCUUAUUUGCAUGUAGCUAUGUUGUUAAAUGUGGCCAACUGAAAUUCAAGAAUUUAUUUUCACCCAGCGAUAUACAUCACUUUCCUCUUGGCAAGGAAACUGGUGUUAACAUUAGGUUUAGGCUUAACAUUUACACCAGUGCAAAUGUUUAUGAAUAUUAUGGAAAACUUAUUUUAAAAUCUUGAUUUCCUCUCAGCACAUUUACAUACUGUGUGCUGAUUAAUAAAUUAGGCACCAAUCAUGUGUAAAUCAAUGUAAAUCACUAGUUUAUAUACAUAAUAUCAACUAUGUAAACUUCAUUUUUCAUGCAGGGCCAAGUUCAGUUAAAUCUAGGAAUCUCAAAGGAAAAAAUCAAAUAAAAAUAAAUAAAACCCAAAGCAUCUCACAGAUCAGAAUGGGAAGAAGUAGGACAAAUAGCGCUAGCAGGAAGUUACCUCAUUAGAAGGAAGCAGGCCCACAGGAACUGCCAAACCUCACAUCCUUCUCAGAUCCCAGGAGGCCACCCCUUUUUUCCUUCAGGACCCAAGUGGGGUUUCUCCCAGCUGUUGCCAUUUGCCUCACCCCAAAUCAAGGGCAAUGAAGAGACAGGGAGGGAGAAGUUUUGAGGCUCACGUGUUUGUUGUGUCAAUUCCUGAGUAUUGUUGCUUCUUACUUACCAUCUAAAACAUGUUAUUUCAACAACUCCAAGGAUGUCACUACACCUUGGUGAGCUAAUAGAACUAAUCCAUUUUUAUUUUCCGUUCAACAAAGACAUUGGUAAAACUUCUUCGUCAUCUUGAUUCUAACAAAUUGUGGAAUAUAAGAAAUAUUAUAUCCUUGAGAAAUAUCUUGCUAAGUCACCCAAGGAAAUAACUACUUAAUCUGGUAGACCUGUAUUUCUAUAUAACCAUCUCACAUAUUGCAAAUGAGGUACAGAAUUAUUUUCAGAGGGAGUAUCUCCCAUCAGACAUAUUUUCUUAGAGUCUUUUUGAGGAAAUUGGUGUGUGCCACAGCAUGAUCUAUACCUCCUCUACAAUCUGAAAAAGUGGUACAUAAAAGUCAUUGAAAAAGAUGACCCCAGGGACAAUGUCAAUUCUCUGCAAGGACUGUUAUAGAAAUAAAUGUGGAUAUUUAAAGUACACUUCUCUAUCCAAGAUAAAUGGCACCUUUAAAGUGAGAUAGAAAGUGUGCUAGAGGUGGAGUCCAGGGUCUAGCCCUGGGGCUGACCACAAGCAAGCUGUGUGACCUAAGGGAAGUCACUUACCCUUCCUGAGUCUUGGCUUUCUCAUCCUGAAAGUGAAAAAUUUUGAUGAUCUCUCUGAAACCUCUAUCAGCUCAAAACUUUCUGAUUCUGAAGUAAGAACUAAAUACUCAUGUAAGCCUGUGCCCAACUUAUCCUUCCAUUCAUGUCUCUAGUCUGGUCUUUGUGCUGUCUUCACUUCUCACAACUAUUAUUUCAUCAUGUGCAUUUCAAAAGUCAAAACUUCCUAGUUUAGAGGGUUCCUGGACUGGGUCUGUAGUUCUCUUCUGAAUAAAACUUAUUGGCAAUAUAGAGAAGGGACACAUUCAGAUCUUACUAACGAUAUUGAAAUGACUAGGAAUUGUUCCCUUAUUUAUAACAUGAAAUCUAACAGCUGAACUAUAUUCUAGUAACCUUUCACAGGAAGGAAAAUAUCCAGAUUGGGUAUCAGGCAAGUACUGAGGGGGGAAGUUGUGCAUAUGAAAGGAAGCAUCAGUUUUCUCUCAUCCUGGGCCAAAUGCCUCCUUAGAGUAAAUGUGUGUCCUUGGAAAGGUUUUCCUGGUGCUGAUGGCAGUAAGCACGUGGUCCCAAGCAGGUUCAAAAGGCUGUUGUGUGAGAAAAGGGAGAGAGAAUAUAUUUUACUUGGGAAGGAAUUUCUCCUAAGUUUCACUAAGCCUGACUUACAGGCUGUGAAAUCAAGCAAAUGGAUAGAGAGAAAGUAAGCAUUGCUUUUUAUAAGCACAAGUCAAUAACAUUUAAAGAAGACACAUUGAAAAUGAGAUGAGAAGACACAUAUUGUAGGGGAUUACAGAGCUGAAGAUAGUAAGAGUUGCUAGGAAAUCCAAAAUCAAAGUGGAAGUCAAGUUUUCUGAGAAGAGAGGAAGCAGCAAGGAUGUUUUCUCAGACAGUUAAGGAAGAAUUACGUUCUCGAGCCACAUUCUGGAUGGAUGGAGCUCAGGUGCACUUGUCUUGAUCCAUCAGAAUACAUCCCCACACUGUGCUUAGCAUCUGUCAAAGGUAGCUUUUCAUUCCUUAGAGAACAGAAAGAAUCUGAGUAUUUUGUCCACUGAAGAGAAGGGAUUAUUCGUAGCUCCCCAGCGUAUUUAUCACUUUAUGUAGAUAAGGCUAUACAGUGUACUUAGAUACUUAGGAAGCUCUCAGUAAGGGGGAAGAACCACCUGCCAUAGGACAACCCCCCCACUUCAUGGUCAUUUCAGAGGUGCCUCUUUUUCAGUGGUGCUCCUGGACCUCCUCUGACAGCUACAUUCUCCUCUGCACAAGCUCGCUCCAUGUAAAGCCAGGCACAGAGUACAAAUCUGCUUCUUGCAAAUGAAGAAAAUACAUGGAACUCCUAGCUACCUGGCAUGCAGCAGGAAUUCUAAGCUCUCCGAAGCCCUUUUCAACCCACGUCCAUGUCUUUGCUCCUCACCAGAGAACAUAAAUGGUUCAUCCAGGCAAACUGUAGCCAAACAUUUAUUCCCUGAGUAUUUCCUGAGAAUGGGGAAGGUUAAAAGGGAGGAAACCACAGGGAGAGAAGGCCGGGGAAAAGCCUCCAACUUGCUUCCCCUACCACUGCUUCACCCCUUCCUUCUCACUGCCCUACUGAAGGGUGUAUAAAUCCUGCUCUUGGUUAGAAUUCUCCUAUUAACAGUGUUAUAUACAUAUAAAUAUAUAUAAAUAUAUAAAUAUAUUCCUUUUUUUCAGCCCUGUAGACAUAAACUGAACUUUCCUUAAUGAUACAAACACAUGGCCAUUUUUUGUUUGGGUUUUUUGUUGUUCAAGGUUCUUUAUUCUUGUUUAUUGGGUGGAUUUUUUUCCCUGGACACUAGCUCUGUGAAGGAAAAUAAAAGCGCAGUGUGUGUAAAAAAAAAAAAAUUAAAAUUAUAAAAAGCUUUUUUCCUUUUCUUUUUAAAUGUAUUUAAAUUCUGUUCCUCUCUUCUGUUACUUUACACGUAUGAAUGCUCUGCUCUUCUGUGAUCUUAAAACAAAAUGAAAUAAACGUGAAAAGGAGACUC